UUCAUGCACUGCAUCUUUCGCUCGUGCACGGACCUGCGCCUCGCGAUUCCUCCCCCCUUCCCCCCCGCCCCGCUGCCGCUCACCUGCUCGUGCCGCGUCAGUCUGCCGCACGCUGGAAUACAGACACCCCUCCGUAAGUAAAAGCAAGUGUGCUGGAUUUCUUCCCGGUAUUAUAGAUCCUGUCCAAGGACAGGUUGGGAAAAGCCUCAUUCUACUUCUACGCUCCUGUGGGUGGACACGCAGCUAUGGUUUGUGAUAUUUUAAUUUGAUAAGAUAUCUGGACCAAGUUGUUUUUUAAAAAAACGUCGUCUUCACCUGUAAGCAGCAUAUUGGGUCAGCCGGAAUCAUCAGAAAAACGGCAUUAUCCUAACUUGCGCUGGGACGAAGGUAAGAAAUCGGUAACGCUAUGACGUGCUAGUGCUGUAGGCUACGCGACCCUGAAUGCCACAUAAUGAUAUUUUUUGUACAGACAAUUAGUCUGUACAAUUGUGAUAGUUGUUUUACUUUUAAUAGCGCAUAAUUCAGCGGUACACAUUUCUUGUCUCUAUAGUGACUAAUCCCAUCUGUCCUCAAAUAUCUGUUGCUGCUGUUUUUUUCCCAUGUAUACUUGACGUGAUGUAGGAGUUGAUGCCUGUAGUCUGCAUUCUACGGAGAGGGCAUAUUGUGACCUCGAGCCCUUCCUACGAGUCACAUCCCACUCCACAACCUCUCUUCAGUUGCAGAUAGCCGUUAUCCCCAGAGAAUAUCUCUAUUGAGGGCGAUACUGCAGAGACACUAAAUUCAUUUUCAUUCUCAAUCACCAAACACCUUCUGUGGCAUCUGAAUGUGCGCUAGUGCUAUCUUGUUUGAAAUUUUUCACAGAAUAUUGAAAGCCACUACAUAACCAAAAUUAUAAACUUUUGAUGGCGCAUGAAAACAUGAACAAGGAUAUAAAAUCUUGUACAAACAAAAAAAGAAGCACCUGGUAUUUUAAUCUUUAAAAAUCCCUACAGUCCGGACCUUGAUUGACAGUGGUUAGUGUGGAGUAGUGGUCAGAGUGCUGGACUCUGGGCUCAAGACUCACAGGUGAGAGUGGAGUUCCAGACUCGUUAUAGAAAUUGGACCUCAGGUGCCCCAGUGAAAAUUGGGCUCUGUGAUUGGGCUGCUGAGUACCUAUAAGUUCAGAUGUAAGCGCAGCACUCUGGAUGCGGAUGGCUGCCAGGCAAGUAAACCACACUUUUCCCACAAGUCUGUGCUGCCAUGGAGACGCUGGGGCCUGGCUUCUGCUGGUUUACAGAGUAACCAAGGGCUACUGACCGUUCUCAUCGAUCCGCUCUCUCAUUGGCCAUUCCUCCCACUCCGGGGGCUGUGGCUGGGACGAUAUUAACGUUAAUGAGCCUUUCCCUAACUCAGAGAUACGUAUAUAUAUAUACGUGGUCUACGAGGGCGUCACAUGACCACACUGGACCGCAGCGCGACGCCUAACCCGGUGGAGUUACAGCAUUAGGCGGCUGACUCGCUGUUAUGGUGAGCAGAGGACUCUCAGGGGGGCGGAGAGCUUAAUUGCAGGAGGAGAAACCGAACCCUGCUCUCCCACUCCGCGGCGCAGCAACACUGACACGUCGAACAAAAGGGCUUCAUUAGCUUCUCCGCCAGACUGAAUUUCCAGCUACAGGAAACGUGUUACCAACUUUAAAACUAUUCUUGAUUCUUCCCAGCGCUGUGAUAGUCCCAGACGACCCCGUAACGCGAGCGAUCCUGUGGGCCUGUCCGCGUCCCUCACUCAGCCCGGUGAGCCCGGUGUUCUGGUGCGCUCUGCCGGAGAUAUGGACCCAGCGCUACAGACCCGGAGGGAGCCAGCGAGAGCUUCUGGACCAGUACCGGUGCUAGUUCCAAUGCCAGUACCAGUACCGGUACCCACAUCGCACAACCCAGCACCACCCAAACUGGCAGCUCCCUCUAGAAAUUAUGCCCCCAGUAACUGUCCCAAUACAUUCCUCCGCGCCCCACCUAAGACUAGCCCUGUUGCCCCAAAAACUACCCCGGCGCUAACCCUGUUGCCAAGUCCAAUCGGUAAUUCUGCUCCAAAAACUAUCCCAGUGCUACCUCUUCCGCCAGCUCCCACCAGACAUUCGGCAACAGUAACUGCCCCAGCCAGUACCCAUGUGUUACCCCUAUUGCCAGGUCCAGUCAGCUGUACUGCCUCAAUAACUGUCCCAAUCACCACAGCUGCUUCUGGGGCACGAAGUCCCAGGGGCCUCCUAGCCACACCCAUAGCCACACCCGCAGCCCCGCCCACUGCUCGGCCCAGGCCGACAGGACUCGGGGUCCCGCCCACAGCCACGCCCCCAAGGCCCUCUGAAUCCGUCUCCAGCUCCGCUACCCCACAUGCAGGGAGGGGCUCGGGGGCGGGGCUGUCUCCCACUGGCCCCGCCCAUCUGCUCCCCGCCCCCCCACCUCCCAAGGCCAGUCCCAGCGGGGGUCCCGCACACACCCCGCCCCAGAAGGACAAAACAAGCAGCGAACUGGAGGACUUCAGGGUGCACAUAGUCACGUGGAACGUUGGCUCAGCUGCUCCGCCCGACGACAUCACCUCUCUGUUCGGGCCGGAUGUUGCCGACGGCAACACCGAUAUGUACGUGGUCGGGCUGCAGGAGGUGAACUCCAUGAUCAACAUGAGGUUGAAGGACGUACUCUUCACAGACCAGUGGACUGAGCUCUGCAUGGACAGCCUGUCCCGCUUCGGAUAUGUGCUGGUGACCUCGCACCGGAUGCAGGGGGUGCAGCUCCUGGUGUUCUGCAGGUACCCCCACCUGCCCUUCCUGAGAGGUGUGCAGACACAGAGCACCCGCACAGGCCUGGGGGGCUACUGGGGAAAUAAGGGAGGUGUGAGUGCGAGGAUGACGGUGUUCGGCCACCCCAUCUGCUUCCUGAACUGCCACCUGCCGGCGCACAUGCAGAACGCAGAGCAGCGCAUGGAGGACUUCGAGACCAUCCUGCACCAGCAGCAGUUUGAGGGCGGAGUCACCAUGGGAGUGCUGGAUCACAACGUGGUCUUCUGGUUUGGGGAUCUGAACUUCAGGAUCGAGGGCUAUGACACGCACGUUGUAAAGAGCGCCAUCGACAACAAUACACUCUCACUGCUGUGGGAGAGAGACCAGCUGAACAUGGUGAAGCAGAGCGCUCGGAUUCUGGAGGGGUUUAUGGAGGGGCCUCUUCAGUUCCCUCCCACUUACAAGUUUGAUGUGGGAACACACACAUAUGAUACCAGUGCGAAGAAGCGGAAGCCGGCCUGGACGGACCGGAUCCUGUGGCGGCUCAGGGCGUCGGCCUCCCCCGGGCCUUCCCACAAUGCCGCUCUGCAGCGCGGGCUGACGUCGUGGCUGAGCGCCGGGGUCAAGGUGACGCAGCGCGCCUACCGCAGUCACAUGGGCUUCACCGUCAGCGACCACAAGCCCGUCUCCGCCGACUUCUCCCUACAGUUUUCCUAUAAGGUGGACGUGCCCUUGGUGACGCUUGCGGUCGAGGGGGGGUGGUGCCGGCCGUCGGACGCCACGGUCCGGUUUGUGGUGGCCGCCGGCUUCUCCCGCAGCUCCUCCGACUGGAUUGGCUUGUACAAGGUGGGAUUCAGGCAUCAUAAGGACUAUGUUGCGUAUGUUUUGGCCAAGCAGGAGGAGUCUGAUUACCUGUCUCAGGAGCACCAAGUCACUUUCCCUGAAGAGGAUUUGCCUAAGAGCAGCGGGGAGUACAUCCUGGGUUACUACAGCAACCACAGCAGCACCAUCGUGGGAGUGACCGAACCCUUCCAGGUCCAGCUGCCCGCGUGCAGCCUGAGCUCGGACAGCAGCUCAGAGGACGACAGCACGCUGGUCCUGCUGCAGCCGCAGUCCCGCAGCCCCAGCCCACGCAGCCGCAGCCGCAGCCCCGCCCUGCCCAGCCUGAAGGGGCUCAACCUGCGCCCGCACUCCCGCGAUGCCGCCCGCCGUAGCCCCUCCCCCCGCCCCGCCACUGCCGCCGCCGGCAAGAGGGAGCGCCUGGUCUCCUCCUCCUCCUCCCCGUCCCCCAGCUCCGCCUCCCCGUCCCCCUCCGGCCCCGCCCGGCUCCGCAGCCCCUGCACGCCCGGGAGCGAGUUCAGCGCCCCCGAGGCCCUGAUCGCCGCCAUCAUGGGCCCGGGUCCGGGCGCUUUCCCUGGGGGAGGCCACCAGGCGAGUCCGGGGAUGUAACUUUGUGCUAGGCCCCUCCCUGGGGCACGGAAGAAGUUAGUCUGAGAAUUCCGAUGGAUGGGGCCUUUCUCCUUUCCCUUCUCAAAUAAGGGCGUUUUCUGCGGCCUCUGACCAGGGUCUGGAGAAGGGGUAAUCUUGUCUGACGCUUUACUGAUCUGUGGUCAGUAGAACAGAACCAGGGUCUCCUAGAUCAGUUCGCUAUACAAAACCUGCUUCUUUAUUCUAUAAAUCUGUGGUUUAGGGGCUGGUAUUGUAAAGCUGUGUGUGUGUGUGUGUGUCUGUAUGUGUGUGAGUGUGUGUGCGUGUGCACGUGUGUGCAUGCGUGCGUGUGCGUGUGUGUGUAUAGCCUGUAAGAUAUUUAGGAAUGUCAGUGCAGAUGGCUUACCUGUUGUGCUUGCUGUAGAAUAGCAUAUAAUUUGUACAUAUAUAUCUGUCUACCUCUCAGAUAUCAUUAUAUUAGAUGACAAUCAUCUGCAGAAGAGAUCGCUGCAUUUUCUGGCAUUAUUAGCUAUUUAUGUAAAUCUGUUUUCAUGUUUCAAUGAUUAAUAAAUGGAGAGACAAACUCCACUGGGCAGGAGGACAAACA